AUGCCACCGAUGCCUCCACUACCAGUACAAAGAGUAACCAGUAAGACACAACCAUUUGCAGAGACAGGAUUAGACUACAUAGGACCCUUGAACAUUAGAAACGAUUUAGGAGAGAUAAGCAAGGUAUGGAUUUGUCUCUUCACAUGUUUGACUGUUCGCGCUAUCCAUUUGGAAGUAAUAAGAGACUUGUCAACUGAACAGUUUCUCCUAUGCCUAAGAAGAUUUAUAUCAUUAUAUGGAACUCCAACACGAAUAUACUCAGACAACGCAAGUCAACUUAAACUAGCUGACAAAUGCACAGCGAAAAUCCGGAACGAUGUGAAAUCAUGUGAUGAUGUACAGAAUUACAUUGCAGAACAAAGCAUCCAUUGGCACUUUAUUACAGAGAACGCACCUUGGAUGGGUGGUUUUUAUGAGAGACUCGUCGCGUUAGUAAAGAAAGCACUUAAAAGGACACUUGAAAGAUCUUGCAUUACUUAUGAUCAAUUUAAUACUACUGUAGCUGAGAUUUCAGCUAUUCUGAACACUCACCCACUUGUGUACAUGACUGAUUACCUCAAUUCAGGAACUGUGCUUACACCUCAGUGCUUUUUAAGAUUGAAAGAAGAUGUGAAGACAGGAAUACCUGAUGCUUUACCAUCAUAUGACUCUAAGGAUCCAGACUUUGUGAUUAACCAGACUUCAGAGGAAACACUGCUACAGACAUGGGUACAUUGCCAAGAACACUUAAAAUAUUUCUGGAGGAUUUGGACCGAUGAAUAUGUACUCAGUCUUCGAGAGAAACACAGAAGCCCAAACUUGCCAAAGAAACAUAAAAGAGUUCAUCCGCAAAUUAACGUUAACGAUGCUGUUUUAAUCCAUGACAGCUUACCGCGAGGAAGUUGGAGACUUGGAAUGGUGAAUGAACUGAUUACUAGCAAAGAUGGACAGAUUAGAUCUGCCAAAGUCACUCUACCUUCAAAGAAUAUCUUGACAAGACCUAUCAACUUACUUUAUCCAUUGGAGUGCUCAUCAGAGAAGGACAGCAUUGUUAAAUAUCAAGUUCUAGACAAGCUGAAUGAUGUUCUCCCACCCCAAGCAAGCAUUCGCCCAAGUAGAAGAGCUGCUGAAAAGGCAAAGGCGUGGUUCAAGGAAAUCGCACCAAAGUUACAAGAAUGA